AUGAGAUUUCCUCCCACAGAUUUUGAGAAUUUCAGUAAACGCAAAGACCACCCCCCAGGACCUUCUCCAAUUUCCUUGAUAGCAGGAAGACUGUUGGAAGGGACUUUCUUGUCAGAGAAGACAUUAAUAGAGCUCGCGCAGCAAUAUGGGAACGUUUAUUCUCUGUGGGGUGGAAAUUAUUAUAUUAUAGUCUUCUCUGGAUACCAGACAGUGAAAGAAGCAUUAACUAAACAUGCAGAAGCCUUUGCUGAUCGCCCGGUUACACCAUUCAUAUUGACUGUCUGCAAACAAAGGGGUAUUGCAUGUUCAAAUGGUCACGUGUGGUUGCAGCAAAGGCGGUUGAGUGUUGUUACCAUGAGGAAGUUAGGCCUGGGGAAAAAAGGCCUGGAAACCCAAAUACAAGCUGAGGUUGAGAGAUUUUUGGAAGACUUUGGAAAUAAAAAAGGACAGCCAUUUGCCCCAUCAGUGUACAUUACACAUUUUGUUAGCAAUGUGAUCUGUGCUGUAGUUUUUGGACAUCGUUUUUCCACUGAAGAUAAGGAGUUUCUGGAAUUGCUGGAAUCCAUGGAUAUUAUUUCAAAAUUUUUAACAAGCUUUUCCCACAUCAGCAAGGAUGAACCAAAUUCUACCUAUGAUGAAGACAACUUGGUUCAUUGCAUUGGUGACAUCUUUAUUGCUGGGACAGACUCAACUAGUAGUGUUCUGCAAUGGGCAUUGCUACUAAUGGCAACUCAUCCAGAUAUCCAAGACAAGGUCUACAAGGAGAUAGAAACCGUUUUGGAUCCGUCUCACUCCAUCUGUUAUGGAGAUCGGAAGAAUCUGCCCUACACCAAUGCUGUGAUUCAUGAGAUUAUACGAAGCAAAUACGUCACAUUCUUUGGACUACCAAGAAAAUGUGUGAAGGAUGUUUACCUCAAUGGAUUUCUCAUUCCCAAGGGAGCUAUGAUUUUUCCCGACCUGCGCUCUGUUCUCCUUGAUCCUGAACAAUGGGAGACGCCUGAAAAAUUCAACCCCAACCAUUUUUUGGACAAAGAAGGACAUUUUGUCACUAAAGAAGCAUUUAUGCCAUUUGGAGCAGGUGCUCGGAGCUGUGUGGGGGAACUCUUUGCAAGGAUUGAGAUCUUCAUUAUGUUCACCAGCCUACUGAGGGCAUUUAGGUUGCAACCCCCAGAAGGAGUGGAGAAGCUCAGUGAAGAACCAGUAUUAGGAAUAACUCUGCAUCCCUUUCCUUUUAAGAUCUGUGCGGUUCCUCGCUCCAGAACGCCAUAG